AUGGCAAUGCCACUCUUCCAGUAUUUGGCCGUGGUAGCUGCCCUACCAAUUGUCUUAACCGCCGCAACCCCAAACAAUAGCUAUGGAACCUUCACAAACCCUUCUGCUCAAGUCCGGCCAUUCUUCCGGUACUGGCUACCAGACGCUAGUGUUGAUCCGACAGUCGUAGCCUCUGAUAUCUGCUCCGCUGCGGAGGUUGGAGCCGGAGGUAUCGAGUUCCUCGCUUACUACGGGUACGGAGGGGCCAUUGGGGGCAACCCGCCCGGCUCCGACUGGGUGACUUAUGGGUUCGGCAGUGCUCCGUUCCAGCAUAUAUUGCAGGCGGCUUUGGAAGCUGCUAAGGAGAAUAGCGUACUUGUGGAUGUUGCGCUAGGGCCGAACCAAGGGCAGGGGGUGCCUGCGUCUUCGGACGCUGACGGGAUUCAAUGGGAUUUGGUGCCAUUCGUCCAAAUAUUACCAGUUAGUCAGACUAGUGAGCGUAUCCCAGGAUGGGGUGAAGGGGAACUAGUCGCCUGUGUCCUUGCCUCAGUGGACAGGAAAACAAACGUGUCCAUAGCCGGUGAUUCCUUUUCCUUAGACCCCACGCCGGCCCAGAGUUCAUACCUCGAGUUUGUCCUAGACGAGACGUCCCUACAAGACAUAACACAGAAUGUGUCGUCAGACGGAAUCUUAGCAAUACCGUCAUCAGAGUCGUCACGCGAUCUCUAUGUAUUCUCCUUCUAUCAGAAGAGAACCCUGCAUAAAGCGCUCGAGGUGGAGUCUAACAGAACGGAUACAAUCCUGGCCAAUGGCUCGUUUGUGGUGGACCAUUUUAGCAAGGAAGGAGCCAGGACAGUGAUCGAUUACUGGGAUGACCACAUCCUCACGGAGGACAUACGGCAACUCCUGGGGAAUGUGGGACACUACGGCUGGGAGGACAGCAUGGAAUUCCUGUCCAACAUAUCAUGGACACCGAAGCUGCCGGAUGCGUUCUACAACAAGUUUGGAUACCACAUAGGGAAAUAUCUCCCGCUCCUCAUGUUUGGCGAGAACAAUAUAAUGGCUCAACCCAGUAAUCCGGGGUUGGUGAAAGCAGUCUUCAAGGGCAACCAGAUCACUGACAAGUAUAUCAACGACUAUCGCUCCGUGCUGGCAGACGGGUAUGGGAGUUACUUGACCGAGUUGCGAGAAUGGCUGAAUCAGGACCUUGGACUCCAAUACUCAACGCAGGUCUCGUACAACCUGCCUUUGGACACAUUGGCGAACAUACCAUUGGCAGAUGCCCCAGAGUGCGAGAGCCUGCAGUGGAAAGACAACAUCGACGGGUACCGGCAGUUCACAGGUGCUGCAUAUCUAGCCGGGAAGAAUGUCGUGUCGAACGAGAUGGGGGCUGUUAUUUAUCGUGCAUACUCCCUGACAAUACCAGAGCUCCUGCAAAGCGUGAACAAGGCUUUUGCUGGAGGUAUCAAUAGGGUUGUUCUGCAUGGCCAGCCAUAUAGUGGGGACUGGUACGGCACUACCUGGCCGGGGACCACGCCAUUCCAAUAUCUAUUCUCCGAUAUGUAUUCCCCAAAGCAGCCUUCAUGGAUGCAUGGGUUUGAUGAGGCCAUCGGCUACAUUUCCAGAGCUCAGUUUAUACUGCGACAGGGGAUUCCUAAGUUUGAUGUGGCUUUCAUCAACAAAGAUUCCGCCACAGACCCCAAUUUCGCUGCAAAAUACGGCCAGGAUGACCUUCUUGACGCUGGUUAUAUCUACACAUACCUUUCUCCUGAUAACCUCGAACUCCCAGAAUCCUCUGUCGAGAAUGGCGUGUUGGCUUCACAGGGUCCUAGCAUCAAAGCGAUCGUCAUCACGCACGACGCGAACAUAACUGUCUCAGCUAUCCGGAGGCUGAAAGACUACGCGGCAAAGGGAUUACCCGUCAUUCUUUCCGGAGGUAGCGCACAGUAUUACCCAAUCUCUAAUGAUGGGGGAGUCGAGGCAUUCAGGAAAGGUCUUCAAGAACUGGCCAAUUCAACGAGUGUCCGGACCACAGGAAGCGGUCAUAUCGCGAAAACACUCGUCUCGCAUGGUGUCACUCCUCGUGUCAGAGUCCAGACAAAUGGUACCUGGCAUACGACUUGGCGCGAGGACAAGGAAGCCCAAGUGGACUAUGCCUUCAUUUUCUGUGAUGGAGGUGGUUCUCAAGGCAAAAUCAGAGUCACAACUGACAAGAUCCCUCACUUCUUUAAUGCCUGGACUGGAGAACGCCAACCAGUGGCGCAGUACAAGCGUCGGGCUGGUGAUAUCGUCAUUCCCGUGACGCUGAAGGCCAAUCAAACCACUAUAUUAGCAUUCAGCGCCCAAAUUUUGGACGAUAUUUACACACCCUCGGUUCAUAUUGAGUCUGCUCCCAACUCUAUCCUUGGCUACCACCUUGACCACGAAGGUGGAGCCGUUGCCCAACUGGCUCACACUGCCAACAAGUCUGCUCACGAGUUCGUACUGUCCGACAACUCGACUAGAACUGUUCCAACCACAUCAGCCAUCCCAAGCCCAUUCCUGAUUCAAAACUGGACGCUCACAGCAGAGCACUGGGAAGCCCCCGCGAACAUGAAGAAUGCCUCUACGAAAGCAUCAAUCCGCAACACAACGCACCAUCUCCCCUCUCUACUUUCCUGGACACAGAUCCCCGCCCUCGUCAACGCCUCUGGAAUCGGGUAUUACAGUUCCCAAUUCACUUGGCACCCAGACUACCCGAACGGAAUUGGAGCUUACAUUACGUUCUCUCGUAUCCUCCACGCAGUUCAACUAUUCGUAAACGGUGAAAAGGUCUCACCUAUUGACCCAACUACAGGAACUGCGGAUAUCGGAGUCUAUCUGCGUGAUGGCGAGAACGAGUUACUGGUUAUCGUUCCCACUACGAUGUGGAAUUAUCUGAGGAGUAUCUUCCCUAAGAUUACCGAGUCGGGUGCACCUCCGUUGUUGACUACCCGAGUGGGCUCGGACUUGCCUGAUAUUGUUCCUAAUGGAUUGGUGGGUGAGGUUUUUAUUACACCUUACCUGUCGUUUGCGCUUGGUAUAUAA